AUGAUGAGCAGCGGCUGCUCGUCGCCGUGCGAGGUGUCCUGUCCCCAGCCCUACGCGGACGCCUGGAGCCAGCCCUGCGUCACCUCCUGCGGGGACUCGCGGGCCGUGGUCUACCCUCCGCCCGUGGUCAUCACCUUCCCGGGGCCCAUCCUCAGCUCCUGCCCGCAGGAGAGCAUCGUGGGCACCUCCUUCCCGUCGGGGGCCAUGGGAUCCUCUGGAUCCGGGGGCGCCAUUGGGGGAUCCUACGGAGGGGGCAGCGGCUCCACGGGUGGGAUUGGGGGUUCCUACGGAGGCGGCUCCACGGGGGGAUCCUACGGAGGCGGUUCCUCUGGUGGAUCCUAUGGAGGCGGCUCCACGGGUGGAUCCUUUGGCUCCGGGGGCUCCUUUGGAGGGGGCAGAUCCUUUGGGAGCAGAAGAACCUUUGGCUCCUCCGUGGGGCACUUGGGGGGCUCCUGCGGUGGGGGCGGCUCCUUUGGGGGCGGCUCCUUUGGGGGCGGCUCCUGCGGAGGGGGUUCCUAUGGAGGGGGUUCCUUUGGAGGGGGCAGCUCCAGCUCCAGGAGGUUUGGAGGAGGAAACUGUGGCUCCUUUUAUUUCUGA